AUGAACCCAACCGAUUUGAAUGGACAACUAGCCUCAGCCCCAAGCUCGCCUAGCUCUCCCUCUUCAAGCUCGGAUGACCUCGUUGAUUCCACUCGACAAAUUGUCUCGGUAAAGCUUCGGGGAACUGACAAUGCUGGUCAAUAUCUGCUCACUGCAGAGGACGCGGAGCUCUUACGGGAUAUCCUCAAACAUAACCUCUCCUUUGAAAAGUCAGGAUCAUCUCAGAAACCACGCUUCAGGUUCCGAGACUUGGAAUUUACAAGACAACUCAGUACCUUUGACCGCCAGAAUUUGACCUUCAGUUCAUCUGAGUUCCAUGGCUUCUUUGUGCUCUUCUGGAUGGGGGUGGCCCUGAUGCUGCUCAAGGUUGUGGCCAACAACUGGAGAAUACAUGGCACCAUUUGGGGCAAGAACGAGAUUAUUCGCCUCAUGUUCGCUAAGGACGUCUUGGUCCUCGGACUGACAGACUUGGUCUUAUGUUGGUCUACGGUGUUCUGUCUGGUGGUCCAGCGAGCGGUAUUCAAAGGGUACCUGCGUUGGAGUGGCUCUGGUUGGCUGAUCCAAAAUAUCUGGCAGACGACAUAUCUGGCUGCCAUUACAUGGUGGACAUAUCAUCGGGAUUGGCCAUGGACACACACUGUCUUUACAGUGCUGCAUUGCUUGACCAUGCUGAUGAAACAGCAUAGUUAUGCUGCUUACAACGGGUACCUGUCGGAGUUGUACCGGAAACGAGAGAUGCUGAAGACAAGUCUCUCCCAGUUGAACAAUCUAAGCAGAAACAACGAUUUUGUGGGAAAGGCGCAUACCUCUGCCGUUGAUACAGAGGUUGAUGCCGAAAUCACUGAUCUCAAAAGAAAUGAUUUCCGGCGGCGGUCCUCCAACCUCAAGAACUAUUCCCGUGACCCCGAGACCGACCAGCUCAUAUCUCUCGUCGAAACCACCGAGCACGGGGUAUCUCUUCAACCAGAUCAGGUGAAAUCCCUGAAAGAGCUGCUAGAGCGAGAAUUCGAAAUCCUAUCCGAGGGACUACAAGGCAGGUGUUCAUUGACAUCCAAUUACUAUCCGCGGAAUUUGACCUUGAAGAACUUCUGCGACUUUAUCACAUUGCCCACGUUGGUAUAUGAGCUCGAAUACCCGCGCACAGACAAGAUUGAUUGGGUUUAUGUGGCAGAGAAGACCGCGGCCACAUUCGGCAUCAUUGUGGUCAUGAUUGCUGUCUCUCAGUCGUGGAUAUAUCCGGUGGUGAUGUCCACUGUGCGAAUGAAAGAGGAAGGGUUGACGGCGCAGCAGAGACUCCAGGAAUUCCCCUGGGUUCUGAGCGACUUACUCUUCCCUUUCAUGAUGGAGUAUCUGCUGGCAUUCUAUGUGAUUUGGGAGUGUGUUCUUAACGCUUUAGCUGAAAUCACCAUGUUUGCUGACCGGGGAUUCUAUGCAGAUUGGUGGAACUCGGUCUCUUGGGAUCAGUUUGCACGAGAUUGGAACCGCCCUGUCCACAACUUCUUGCUCCGGCAUGUAUACCACAGCUCCAUCAGCGCCUACCCUUCCUGUUGCACUGUUGGCGUCAAGCAUGAAGGCGAGGCCAAGGGCGAAUUCCAACAAAUCGGCGAUGUCGAGGUCUACAUCUCACACCCCGCAGAUCGUUCUACCCAGCGUGCUAUUCUGCUACUCACUGAUGUGAUCGGCCAUCGGUUCAUUAAUGCCCAGUUGAUUGCAGAUCAGCUAGCAGCAAAUGGCUACUUUGUUGUCAUGCCGGACCUGUUCCACGGCGAUCCGGUGCUGUUGAACCGCCCGGCUGGUUUCGAUCUGAUGGCCUGGCUGAAGGGUCCCCCUGGCCAUCCACCUAGCCGCGUGGAACCCGUGAUACAGGCAGUUUUGAAGGAAAUGAAGUCCAACUUGGGCUGUAAACGAGUCGGUGCUAUCGGAUAUUGCUUUGGGGCAAAGUAUGCCGUCCGACUGCUUCAGCCUGGUCUUUGUGAUGUUGCCUAUAUUGCUCACCCCAGUUUCGUCGAGGCAGAAGAGCUCCAGGCAAUCAAGGGCCCUCUCUCUAUUGCUGCUGCGGAGACCGAUUCAAUCUUCCCGACCUCGAAGCGCCAUGAAUCCGAGGAGAUUCUGCUCAAAACCGGCCAGCCAUAUCAGAUCAACUUAUUCAGUGGUGUUGAGCAUGGUUUCGCUGUCCGCGCAGACAUCACCAAACCAACAAUCCGCUUUGCCAAGGAAGCUGCUUUUAUGCAAGCCACUGCUUGGUUCAACCAAUAUCUCUAG